AUGUCUAACUACGACGACGCCUACGAUAGCUAUAAACAGGUGCACCACGAAGGAAAACUCAGUCAUGAACUUCUCGCCGGCGCUGCCAGCUUUGGUGCAAUCCACGAAUGGGAAAAGAGACAAAGAGAAUCUGGCGAGCCCGUGAAACAUGGCGUCGCGAAGGAAAUUAUCGGAGGCAUCGCUGCCGCAGAAGUCGAGAAGCUGUUCGAGACUAAAGGUUUGGAUGCAUGGGACAAGCACAAACUAAAGGAGCAAGCCGAAGAAAACGCCAAAAAUCUUUACGACCAGCAGUAUGGCAACCAACCUCAGUACGAUCCAAAUUAUCCACCCAACGAAAAUGUUGAACACCAUCACCGUCACCACCAUGGGGGAUGGUAA